AUGGCAUCUGAACGAAGAUCAUCGACCUUCCUUAGCCUCGCGCCUCAGAACUACUCCACCUGGACAGCACCAAAGACCGAAGCAGCGGUAGAGUCGCCUGCCGCAUCGACCUCGCCAGCAACCAAGCCAGUGUUGGUCGAGCCUGUCGUUAAAUCACAGCGAUCAGACAGCGCCUCCAGCGACUCUUGGAGGAUGGCUCAAUUCCUGUCAAACUCGUCGUCCGCGGAGUUCAUAAGCAAGGGCAUGUGGGGCAUUGGAUGGAUCAGGUGCGAGAAUGGUAGCUCAGGCAAAGGCAAAGGCUUGAGUAACGAGUAA